CCAAUCAGUAGAAGCUGCAGUGAAGCGGCAAAUCAGUGAGGAUGAGAGAGAGAGAGAGAGAUGGAGACGGAAGUGAUCAGUGCGCAGCAGGUGGAGGAGAAGGUGCUGUGAAUGGAGAGCUGCUGCUAAUGUGAAAUCCCCGGGAGCUGUGCAGCAGGACCUGAGCUGGGCACAGGGACUGACCUCCAGGUAGCAGGGGUACACUGAGGCACAGAACGACCCCUGAUGAAGUGGAUUAGACGAAACGCUUAGAGUCUGUCAGCCAUGAGUUAUCAAUCCAGUUUGUGAAGAUUCUCCCUUUUGAGCUCACACCUUAAGGUCUGCAAGGACUGUAUGUAACCAAUAUACUGGUUUGCCCACUACCCAAUAUCUGUUUAUGUUGUAACAUUGCCUGCUGAUGAUGUGGUUCAUAGCCACAUUCUGCACAUAGCAUGGCCUGUAUGACCCUCACUGACUGAGCUUUUCAGGAGCAUCGCAGAAUUUUCAAAAUGGAGGUUGAAGGUUCACCAGCAGUAGAAAUAAGGCUCAGAAACAAGGCUUCUUCCUCAGAAACAAGGGACACUGAACAAAUAGAAAAACCCAAAGACAAUCGAAAAGUGGGGCUAUCUGCACGAUGUCUUGCAGUGCAGCAGUUUGUAAAGAUAUUUGUUGGUUGCCUGGUAACGGUUACAAGUGGCAUGAUGUAUGCAGUCUACCUCUCCACCUACCACGAGCGCAAGUUCUGGUUCUCCAGCCGCAGGGACCUUGAACGAGAAAUCACAUUUCAGGGGGAUGGAGCCAUUUAUUAUUCCUUUUAUAAGGACAUGCUGAGGGCGCCCUCAUUUGAAAGAGGUGUAUUUGAGCUGGCCUAUAACAAUAGGACUGUGCCAAUGAAGACCAUUAAUGCUGUACAGCAGAUGACGCUGUACCCAGAGCUUAUAGCCAGUGCUCUGUAUCAGAUGUCUGGAAGUCAGGGUGUUGUGGACCCCGUUUAUUUCUACAUUGGGAUCAUAUUUGGCCUGCAGGGGAUUUAUAUCAGUGCCUUGUUUGUGACCAGCUGGAUAAUGAGUGGGACCUGGCUGGCUGGGAUGCUGACCGCAGCCUGGUUUAUUAUUAACAGGACAGAUACUACGCGAAUGGAAGACUCCAUUCCACUGAGAGAAAACUGGGCUCUCCCGUACUUUGCGUGUCAGGUUGCUGCGCUCACAGGCUUUCUAAGGAACAACAGCAAUUUGUCUGUAGAGAGGUUCUGUUACCUGCUGAUGAGUGCAUCUACCUACACUUUUAUAAUGAUGUGGGAGUACAGCCACUACCUGCUUUUCAUACAGGCCUUGUCUCUGUGUCUGCUUGAUGGCCUGUCACUCGUCAAGAAAGAAAAGGUGCAUGACGUACAUAAAAUGUACUUAUUCUCUGUGUUUUUGGGAUAUUUACUCCAGUUUGAGAAUUUGGCUCUGCUGACCUCACCCCUGUUGUGCCUUGUAGUAGGUUCAAGGAUUGCCAAAAGCCUCCAGAUCAGUGUGAAAAGGGGCACGUUCAGGGCAAAACUUAUGAAGAUAAUGUAUUUUUAUUUGGCAUUUACAAUAGCUGCAUCGCUGCACUUUUUAAUCAGAACUGUGAUUCCUCAUAAAGAAAACCGUCAAAUUCUGAAGUUUCUUGAAGCCAAAUUUGGACUGAACAUGACCAAGAACUUCACAGUGAACUGGCUGCUGUGCCAGGAAUCAUUCCAGCCACCCUCUCAGGACUACAUUUUACGGCUCACACAGUCCUCUCUUCUGCCGUUUUUCAUCUUGGUCUUCUUUAUCUGCCUGUUCUCCGUAUGCCAGGGAAUACUGAAGAGAUUUCAGGGUGUUCCGAUAAGCAGUAGCAUCGCCCCUGAGGAAGGACGAAUUGGGGAGAAGCCAGAAGUCAUCUACCACAUCAUCCAAACACUUCUCCUUGGCUCAUUAGCCAUGACCUUUGAGGGAAUGAAGUUCCUGUGGACGCCCUAUGUUUGUGUGCUCGCUGCUUUUGGAGUUUGUUCCCCUGAACUUUGGAUAACGCUUUUCAAGUGGAUUCGUCUGAAAUCUGUACAUCCUGUUUUGCUGGCAUUCAUCCUAAGUGCUGCUGUUCCUGCUGUCAUUGGCUUCAGCUUAUGGAGAGAGUUCUUACCUCAAAUCGUUAAUGAGCUGACGGAGCUGGAGGAGCACUACGAGUCUGAUGCAGUAGAGCUCAUGAACUGGAUAAAAGGCCAGGCCCCCAUCGCGGCAGUGUUUGCCGGAAGCCCUCAGCUCAUGGCUGCUAUUAAGCUCUGCACCGGGUGGAUGGUCACGAGUCUUCCAGUGUACAAUGAUGAAGACCUGAUGAGGAGAAAUGAACAUGUUUAUCAGAUCUAUAGCAUGAGGUCUGCCGAAGAUAUCUACAAGAUCCUCACCUCGUAUAAGGCCAACUACAUAGUUAUAGAGGAUGCCAUCUGCAAUGAUGUGGGCGGAAUGAAAGGCUGCAGAGUGAAGGAUUUGCUGGAUGUUGCCAAUGAUCAUUUGGUGAAUGAAAAUGGGGAUAUUUAUGCCUACUCGAAAUAUGGACGUUUCUGUCAUGAAAUCAAAAUGAAUUAUUCUCCGUAUGUGAACUAUUUCACCAGAGUAUUUUGGAACAGGUCCUAUUUUGUAUAUAAAAUCAACACACUUAUAUCUUUCCAGUACUGAAAACACACGCAUUUCACAUGUGCUUCGCAAACUUGCUGUGAGACUUUACUGUAAUACUCUUCCUAUUCUGAAUCCAUUGCGUUUCUCCAAUAUCUGAUUCCCGGAACAUGGGAUCGUGUUCUGUUGUAAUCAUUUGCACAAAGCUAUCUGAUGGUUCUGUGGCCUGUGCGAAGGCAUUGGAAGUUGGAGCACACAGGAGUCCUAACCCAGAGAUUUUACUUACUGCGCUACUCCUCCAAGUCUGAAUCCAUCGCGUUUCUCCAAUUUCUAACUCUAGCGGCCUGACUGUUCUAUGGGCCUGUGAGGAGGCAUUGGAACUAGGAGCACACAGGAGACCCAACCCAGAGAUUUUACUUACUGCGCUACUCCUCCAAGUAUGUACCCAUCGCGUUUCUCCAAUUUCUAACUCUAGCGGCCUGACUGUUCUAUUGGCCUGUGAGGAGGCAUUGGAACACACGAGUCCUAAUCCGGAGCUAUCAAGAAUCCCUGCUGCUCGGGAGCAGUCUAUGAUUCAGUUCAAAGUUUAUGCAUUUUGAGCUUUAUUAUAUGCAAAUUGAGAAAAAAAAAUUCUUACUGUCUUUUACUGGUCUCAAGUUAUUAGGCAGACUUGUUAUAUUUUACAUGAUGUGUGUUUUUAUAAAAUUCCUAGUGCAUUAUGUAACUACAAAAAAAUUUAAUUUUUAGUUUUGCUUGGGAAAGAGAGCGUAGAAUAAGAGGGUUUGCAAAGAAUGGGACUCGGUUGUCCUGUAUGCAAAAAACGUGACUCUGCCUGAAUUAAUGAGCAGCGUUUUUCUUAGGUUUUUUUUUUUUUAAUAUAUAAAUAUAUAUUUUCCAGCCCAAUGCCCUGAUUGUGCCUUUGAUAAAAUAGCUUUUUAAAACUUUGCAGGAAAAAAAUAUAUUGCUGAAAAUCUUCAAUUUUUAAUAAAAUCUGCUCAAUGAAUGAGAACCUCGGCGUCUAAGUUUACCAACAUACUGCAUUAAGGGGUACAUUUACUAA